GGAGAUCAACUUUCCCAUACCUCUCAUACCGGGAAUUGAGAAAAAUGCCUGUUUUGUGCGUUGCUUGGGGCUGUAAAAAUCGCCACACAACUGAAAACAGCUUUCGAGGAAGUACCUUUCACAAGCAAGACUGAACGUUUGUUUUUGGUUGUAUUUGGUCAUGAUUUAAUUAGCGCCUGUCACAGAAUUUAUAACAGAGCGUCCCCGGUCUCCCGUUGCUCGUGCACGCCAGCAUCUGCUUCAGCUCAGCUCUCUAGUCCUGCCAGCAGCCGCAGCUCAUCUGCUGUCAUGCUUUCCAGAGCGGUUCCCAUGGCUGGGGUCACUGCGCACAAGAUCAGUAAAUACAUCACCUUCUUCGCCAGUGAUGUCGAUGGGACUCCUGCGGCUAGCUUUUCACCUGGUCACCCUAAACCUAUAUUGCUGUUACUGCCAUGGCUGGGCUCCAGACCGCAAGCCUUUGGCAAGUACUGUGAGAUUUACUUUCGCAAAGGCUUUGAUGUACUCGUUGUGGAAAGCGAAGUGAGACAAUUCCUGUGGCCCCGUUGGGGGUUGGAGUACGGUGGCCAUGUCCUGGAUUUAUUAGAAAGCGAGCGCUUCUCACAGCGCCCCCUAGUGAUCCAUGCUUUCUCCAUAGGAGGAUAUACGUUUAGUCAGGUUCUUGUUCAUGUGGCCAAAGAUACCCAGCGUUACCAAGGCCUGACAAACAGGAUCAGGGGUCAUAUCUACGACAGCCUGGUCAUGGGAUCACUGGACCAUAUGGCCAAAGGUCUGGGUAAAACCUUAUUUCCCCGGUUUGAGCAUCUCGUGAGAUCGACUGGCCUUCUGUACUUCCGUCUCUUUAAACACCAGACGGUUGACUACUUCAACUCGGCGAUCAGUAUUUUCUGGAACACUCCUUUGAUGGCACCUUCUCUCUUCUUUUACGCUGAGAACGAUGUAUUGUGUGAUUACAAGAGCUUGGAGAAGAUGAUGGAGGAUUGGAGGAAUCGGGGCCUAUCUGUCGAGAACAUGAAGUGGAAAGAGUCUAUUCAUGCAGGGCAUCUGCGCACACAUCCUCAGGAAUACCUGGCCACCCUAGAUAACUUUGUGAUGUCUCUCAACAUGGUGCCUCUAAAGGCCAAAAUGUGAACUCUGAACUGGCAUCAUCUGCUUCCAUUAAACAUCAGAAAUUGCCUGAAGUGCCUGGUUUGACCGUUAUAUAGACAUUCUCUUUAGUUUAAGGUCGCAAAAUUUACUUGUUUCUCUAACCUCUUCAGUCUGUUGAAAUAUUUAUGCGACUACAUGUAAUAAAGACCAUACCACUGGCAUGUUGAGUGUGUAAUACUACAUACAAUCUAUUGAUAAGUGACCGAUUUGGUUUGUUGUAAUACAAUUUUAUUCACAGUAAAACGUGGCUAUGACCCACUUCACCCUA